CCCUCCCAAACUCGUAAAGCAUUAAAUUCUUCUUCCAAAAAAAAUUUCUGAGCUUUCUGAAUGGAAAAGGCCAAGACAAAACCCAAUUGGGUCAGGGGGAGCUGUAUAGGCAGGGGCUCGUUCGGGACCGUCAGCCGCGCCGUCGACAAGUCCGACGGCGGGGUUUUCGCGGUCAAGUCCGUCGGCCUCGGGCCCGGCUCGGAGGCCCGGGCGGAGGCCUUGGAGAACGAAAUCCGGAUCCUCCGGCGUCUCUCGUCGCCGUGGGUGGUGGCGUACCUCGGCGACGACAUGACGGUGGAGGACGGCGCUGUGGAGCCGUUCCGGAACCUCCACUUGGAGUACUUGCCGGGUGGCACCGCGGCUGACCUGGCGGCCGACGCGGACGACGAGGGCAUUGUGCGGUCGUUAACCUGGUGCGUCGCGUCCGCUCUGAGUUACGUGCACUCGUUGGGUAUCGUCCACUGCGACGUCAAGGGGAGGAACGUGUUGCUGGGCCCCGCACGGUACGCGGCGAAGCUAUCCGAUUUCGGGACGGCGGCGGAGUCGGCUGCGGCGCCACGUGGGAGCCCGCUGUGGAUGGCACCGGAGGUAAUUCGGGGGGAAUACCAGGGGCCGGAGUCGGACGUGUGGUCAUUGGGGUGUACGGUGAUCGAGAUGGUGACGGGGAAGCCGGGUUGGGAGGACCGCGGCGCCGACACGCUGUGUCGGAUCGGGUACUCCGACGAGCUGCCCGAGUUACCGACGCGGUUGUCUGAACUCGGCUUGGAUUUCCUAGACAAGUGUCUCCGAAGGGACAGAACGGAGCGUUGGAGCUGCGAUCAGCUGCUACGGCAUCCGUUUAUAUCGUCGUCGGCAGUUCCGAUUAUGGAUUCUCACCAAUCGCCGCGUUGCGUGCUCGAUUUGUUGGAUACAGAGUUUUGCGAAUUCGACGACGACGACGACGAUGAAGAAGAUGAUAAAUUUCCGGAAUUACCAACUCAGUCUGUUAGAGAUAGAAUUGGUAAAUUAGCUUCUACCACGGGGGUAAAUUGGGAAUCUGAUGGGUGGAUUGAGGUGAGGAAUGUGAUCAGCGAAAAAGCUCCGGAAGUUUCGGAGGCGCGUUGUUGUCGUGGGGGUGACGAAGAAGGGACAAGCUCGGAAUUCUCGAUAUUUUCGAGGACUGAGGGAGAAAUGGAAGGGACAAGUGGGGAAUAUUCUGAUUGGAAAGAAAUUGAGAGGACCAAUUUAGAAUAUUUUGAUUUUGGUGGUGGGAUAGAGGAGGCGGUGGUGGUGGACGGAGGACGACGGUGGCGUGGGAGCGAAGCUGGUACGAGUUGUCGGUGUAAAUUGGGAGGGUGGAAUUGGGUGGCGGACGGUGGGCACGUGGCCGUCACAGCUGGUGGAAUUUUAUUUGUACUUUAUCCUCCUACUUCCUUGUAUUCCACACCAGUAAUGUGUAAGGAUUUGGUUAUGUUUUACCUACUACUCCUAUCUGCUGUAUUAUUCACGUUUUACUUGAUAUACCAAUUCGACGGUCCAUUUGAACUGCUUCCAACUGCAUUACACCGUGUUUCGCCAAGUUUAUUAGUAUUUUUUAAGUGGCAAUGGUAUGUUGCAAGAAUAUGCCUCCACAUAUUUGAACAACCGGCUGACGAAGGAUCGGGGGUGCUGUAG